GCAAUGUUUCAUCUACAGGAGGAUUGAAUAAUGGACUCAAACUCCUCAAGCCCCUUUCCCUCGCACCGUUUCUUGUUUCGUUAGUUCAUGCAAGAUAAUCCCCACCAUGAACAAGCGAUGGACGCUGAAAUUCAAUUCUUAAACUCUGCUAAGAAUUUCUUUAGUUCAGGCAAGAAAUUGAAGAUGGGUAGUUGAACUUGCACCCGUGGGGGAAAGAAGAAAUUCCUGACGGGAGGGGAAGUCUCUCACAAAAGCUGGAAAGAGACUGUUAAUAACUAUAAAUUAGGUGCGCAAAAAUAACAGGUUCUCCGCUUGAUCACUCGAGUUAGUGGAAAAUGUUGGAAUCUGAUCCAAGUACAACUGGUUGUUGGCACCUCACUUUUAGCUUUUCAAAACUCUCCCCUUUCUACCCUAAAGCUGGUGGUUCUGGAAAAAAGCCGAAAAUGGAAGAGCCGACAGGCGGAACCAAACCGAUCAAGUGCAGUGAGGACCAGAAACAUCAAAAAUAUGGAAGAUAUGCAGCAGGGUCCUCGUCCGACGAGCUUCUGAUCGGGAAUUCCGAUGCCCCUCCACAUUCAGAGGCUGAAACUUCCCAUAUUUCCACAGGUGAAGAUUCGGGAAGCUCCGGCGAGGAAACACGGUUGUCCGGCCUGGCAGAGAGCCUGCAGAUCUUAACAAAGUCGCUGCUGACAGCGGAAAUGGAGAUUUUCAAGGCGAGGGAGGCCAUCCGCCUUGAGGAGGAAAAGAGGAGGUUGGAAUCGGAGGCCGAGAUGACUCGCAUGCUGCUCCAGUGUCAGAUGCAGAUCGCCUCGUUUCUGUCAGCCAGGCAGGGUCCCAACAACCGGAAAAGAAAGAGGGUUCAGGAAGAAGAACCAUCUCCCUCGGUCUCCUUAGAAAGGGACGGAGCUCUGCUGCUAAGUCUAAUUCAACUCAACAUGAUCACCUUUUGAAGCUGCUAUGCUAUGGUUUGGACGGGAAGCGUAAGAGUGCUUGUAUUAUGAGGGUACAAGUGUAACUGUAUCGAUCAACAAAGCGUGAUAUUGAUCGAAUUACUGAAUAUUUUUCCAUUUCUAUCUCAAUCCUAUAAGUCAUGACUAAUUCAUUGGCA